AUGACAAGGACAAAGAACUAUGCGGAAGCGAUCUCGCUGUUGAACACUUGUCAAUCCAAUGCCGCUACUAUCGAAGCGAUUCGUAAAUCUGGUGGAAGGAUGAAUGAAUACGCUGUUUCUGAAAUGCAUGACUAUCUCCGGAAAAUAGGGUACAAGCCAGAUGACCUGAAUAAACUGAAUGUGGUCCAUAUAACGGGUACCAAGGGGAAAGGGUCAACAUCAGCAUUCACCGAGCGUAUACUGAGAGCUCAUAUACCAAGUGGUAAAAUAGGAUUGUAUACCUCACCUCACCUUUGCGCCGUAAGAGAAAGGAUACGAAUCAACGGUGAACCCAUAAGUGAAGAGACCUUCGCUAGGUAUUUCUUCGAAGUUUGGGAAAAGCUGGAAUCGGAUCCACAUACACUCACUCCUCAGACACCUCAAUUCCCAAUAUACUUCCGACUUCUCACCCUUCUCGCAUUUCACGUCUUCUUAUCCGAAUCAAUAACAGCUACAGUACUAGAAGUCGGUAUUGGUGGAUUGUAUGAUUCAACUAAUAUAGUACCUAAACCUAUCGUGACUGGUAUAACAAGCUUAGGAUUAGAUCAUACAGCUGUCUUGGGUAAUACGAUCGAAGAGAUAGCGAGGAACAAAGCUGGGAUAUACAAGAAAGACGUUCCUGCACUCAGCGUAAAACAGGAUAACGCUGGAGAAGUAUUGAAAGAAAUCGCCGAGAAAAAUGGCGCACCAUUUCAAGUGGUACCCACAAUUGAAUCUACACCGUUAGGUCUGCCAGGUGCUCAUCAGAUCAUCAACGCUUCACUUGCAAUUGCACUUUCCGAGCAAUUCCUAACAAUCCAAAAAUUCCCAUUCGAACCUGCGUCAUCAUCAUCUUCUUCUACUAUUCCUCAGUCAUUCAUUGGUCCAUUAGCCAAAACACGUUGGCCUGGACGAUGUCAAUCAGUCAAGCAAGGUGAAAUUACUUGGUUACUGGACGGGGCACAUACAGUCGAGUCACUAAGAUCAUGUGGUGAAUGGGCAUGGUCAGAAAAUCGUAAACCAGACGUAUUAAUCUUUAAUUGUUCAGGUGGUAGAGCAGCUGAAAGUUUACUUGGAGAAUUAUUGAACACUGGAGCCAGAAAUAAAGGAAUCGCACAAGAAGAUAUAGGGAAAGAAUUUGAUUCGGUCAUUUUCUGCACAAAUGUGACUUAUACAGAUGGUCACUUCAAAAGUGACCUCGAUGCAAAAGCUAUCGAUCCCAACGACCUGUCUCAACUUGCAACUCAACGAGCUCUUCGCGACGCAUGGCUAAAGCUCAAUCCCGCGUUCGACCCCGAAAGGGCUCAUGCAGUAGCAUCUAUACAACAUGCUGUGAAGAUUGUUAGAAAUUUAGGAGAGAAACAAGUCUUAGUAGCUGGUAGUCUGCAUUUAGUCGGUGGUGUAAUGGAAGUGGCCGGUUUACAGGAUGCUCUAAGUAUGGAGUAA